AAUAAAAGUAUAUAUAAAGCAUCCCUUCAAGAUUGUACAUUUCACAUUUUCCGUUGGACAAAAAGGGUGCUUUCUAAUUUCGAUUUGCAGCCUGCAGAGAGAAACAAGAAAGGCCAAAAAUAUUUAUUUCAUUAUUGGAAAAAAAGAAAAAGAAAAAAAGGAAGAAAAUGGGAAAAUCAACAAUAAUGUUUAUUGCUAGUGCUAUUUGUUUGUUUUCCCUGUUAGGGAUUACUCAAGCCACAGAGGAGGCUGAUAAUUAUCAAUUUGUUCUUACAGGAAUGGUCUAUUGUGAUCCUUGCCGUGCAGCAUUCAAAACCAAUCUUAGUGAGCCCAUAGCAGAUGUGAGGGUAGGGAUGCAAUGCCGUCACCCGGAAACGGAGAAAGUCACAAUAACUGUGACCGCCUCAACUAAUUCCACUGGAUAUUACCACAUGCUGAUAGAGGGAGACCACGAGAACGAAAUCUGCGAGACCUUUUUGAUCCAUAGUCCCAGAGAAGAUUGUCUUGAGGUACCAAAGGAAGGGUUUGCGAGGGAAUCAUCAAGAGUUACACUCACAAACCACAAUGGCAUUGCUGGAAAAUAUCGUGAAUCCAAUCCUCUCUUUUUCUUGACCAAAGAAGUUGCACCAGAAUGUGCAAAAGAAUUCAGGGAAAUGGAAUAUCUCCCUGAACUUAAGGAUAUUAACCAAGCUUAAAUAAGGGUUAAUUAUUUGAAUUUACAAAAAAGUUUGUCCUAAUAAACUUUUGGAUGACAUGGUCAUUUUCUUAAUCUAUAUUUUGUAUUAGUUUGAAUUUUGAGUUUGAGGCUUGAGAGGUUUCUAAACUUUCUUCAUCAGAGCUUUCAUUUGUACGUGGAAAUUCUCAUUCAAGGCUCAAAUGUAAUAGUAAUGUGUUUAACCAAUAAAAUAUAAUACUAAUGCAUAAAUAUAUAUAAAAUACUUCUUUGGGUCCUUA